UAGUUUAACGUCGAUUGGGAGGAAUUGCUAAUGAGAUCAGACAACGUGAUGAUAUGGCAGUGUCUAUUUCUAGAACACUUCUCUUUCAAAGGUACAAUUGAGAUCAAAGGUGAUAAAGCAACAAAUAUUCUACUCGACAUCCUUCAGAGAUCCAUUCAUAUAGAAAAUCUCAUAUUAAGUGGAAGUUUAUGCAAAGAAAUAUUCUCAUGUGGUGAGAAAGACAAACAUGCAGGGAUAUUGAUGCAGAUAAAAAGUUUAAAGUUGAGCCAGCUUUCUAAAUUGAAGUGCAUGUGGAAACAAGACUCCAAAUUGGACUUUGUUCUUCAAAAUCUUGGAGUUCUAAAAGUAACUGAUUGUGACAGUUUGAUUAGCUUGCUGCCAUCCCAUGCAUCUUUCACAAACCUUACCGUUUUGAGAGUAGAUCGGUGCUGGGGACUGAUAAACUUAUUUGUACCCUCAACAGUCAAAAGUCUGGUGCAAUUGAUGGAAAUGAAAAUAGAAUACUGCAAAUUGAUAACUGAAAUAAUCUCUAACGAGGAUGAUGAAGAUUUAAGAGUAGAAGAUGAAAUUGUUUUCAACAAACUAAAGUUGUUGUCUCUUAAAGAUUUAGAAAGUCUCACAUGUUUCUGCUUUGGGCGUUAUAAUUUUGAAUUCCCAGUUUUGAAAGAAUUAAUUGUGAAUGAAUGCCCCAAUAUGAAGACUUUCUCUGAAACAGUCGUAAGUGUACCAAGUUUAAGGAAAGUAAAGUUUAUUCAGGAUGACAAUGAAGAAGGGUGUUGGAAGGGUGACCUUAAUACAACCAUAAAACAUCUACACAAAAAUAAGGUAAACUCCAAUUCAGAAGAAUGACGUAAGUGGAAAGGACUCCUGCCUCUGUGGCAAGACCCAUACCAGAACAUCAUCAGUUUUGCCAAGUUAAGUUCUUGAGGUCAUUAGGAUGAAUCAGCACACAUUCCAUUGAAAUCUUCAAAGAUUAGAAUCUCAAAAAAUUCAUAUUGAAGUAAGUUCAUACGAAGAGAUAUUCUCGUGUGGAAAGGCUGAAAAACAUGUUGGAAUGCUCACACGAUAAAAGUUAGAGC